AUGAUUUUCUGGACUUAUAGAUUUGUUAAAGCUCGGAAUGCAGAAAGGUACAUCUCGUAUAUACAAGUCAGAGAAGCAGAGGAUACUAUUGGCACUAUCUUGGAAGUACCGCAGCUGGGAAAGAAGGAAAUGAAAUCAAUUAUCUUCGCCAGUCCAGAAAUGCAAUGA